AUGUCUGACGGCGACGUUAAGCCUCGGAAGCCGGCCGUGGUCCUUGAGGCCCACGAAGUCGAUACUUUCCAUGUUCCCAAGGCGUUCUACGAGAAGCACCCCACAGGUCCUCACCUGAAAGACCUUGAUGAGUACAAGAAGCUAUACGAGGAGUCCAUUCGGCACCCCGACACUUUCUGGGCCUGCAUGGCCCGCGAGCUGCUCACUUUCGACAAAGACUUCCAGACCACUCACAUCGGUUCGCUCGAGAACGGCGACAAUGCCUGGUUCGUUGAGGGCCAGCUGAAUGCCUCGUUCAACUGUGUGGACCGUCAUGCGAUCAAGAACCCCAACAAGGUGGCCAUCAUCUACGAGGCCGACGAGCCCAGCGAGGGCCGUAUCAUCACCUAUGGCGAAUUGCUCCGUGAGGUCUCCCGCGUCGCGUGGGUUCUGAAGCAGCAGGGCGUCAAGAAGGGCGACACUGUCGCUAUCUACCUCCCCAUGAUUCCCGAAGCCGUUGUAGCUUUCCUCGCCUGCUCCCGUAUUGGCGCCGUUCACUCCGUCGUCUUUGCCGGUUUCUCUUCCGAUUCCCUCCGUGACCGUGUUCUCGACGCCGGCUCUAAGGUCGUCAUCACCACUGAUGAGGGUAAGCGUGGCGGCAAGGUCAUCGGCACCAAGCGCAUCGUCGACGAGGCUCUCAAGCAGUGCCCAGAUGUCACCAGUGUGCUCGUCUACAAGCGUACCGGGGCUGAGGUUCCCUGGACCCAGGGUCGCGAUGUUUGGUGGCACGAGGAGGUUGAGAAAUACCCCAACUAUCUUGCCGCCGAGCCCAUGAACUCCGAGGAUCCUCUCUUCUUGCUCUACACCUCCGGUUCCACCGGUAAGCCUAAGGGUGUCAUGCACACUACCGCUGGCUACCUGCUCGGCGCGGCCAUGACUGGCAAGUACGUCUUUGACAUUCACGACGAUGAUCGCUUCUUCUGCGGUGGUGACGUUGGUUGGAUUACCGGUCACACCUAUGUCGUCUAUGCGCCUUUGCUCUUGGGUUGCUCGACCGUGGUCUUCGAGAGCACUCCCGCCUACCCCAACUUCUCCCGCUACUGGGAUGUCAUUGAGAAGCACAAGGUCACCCAAUUCUAUGUUGCGCCCACUGCUCUGCGUCUGCUGAAGCGUGCCGGAGACGAGCACAUCCACCACAAGAUGGAGCACCUGCGUAUCCUGGGUUCGGUCGGUGAACCCAUCGCAGCUGAGGUGUGGAAGUGGUACUUCGAGAAGGUCGGAAAGGAGGAGGCCCACAUUUGCGACACAUACUGGCAAACCGAGACCGGUUCGAACGUCAUCACUCCCCUGGGUGGCAUUACACCCACCAAGCCUGGCAGUGCCUCGAUGCCCUUCUUUGGCAUUGAGCCCGCUAUCAUUGACCCCGUGUCUGGCGAGGAGAUUUCCGGUAACGACGUGGAGGGCGUGCUUGCCUUCAAGCAGGCCUGGCCUAGCAUGGCCCGGACGGUGUGGGGCGCCCACAAGCGCUAUAUGGAGACCUACCUGAAUGUCUACAAGGGCUACUACUUCACGGGAGACGGUGCUGGCCGUGAUCACGACGGAUACUACUGGAUUCGUGGCCGUGUUGAUGACGUUGUCAACGUUUCUGGACACCGUCUGUCUACUGCUGAGAUUGAAGCCGCUCUUAUUGAACACCACCAGGUUGCCGAAGCUGCAGUGGUUGGUAUUGCCGAUGAGCUGACCGGCCAGGCCGUGAAUGCCUUUGUUUCGCUCAAGGAGGGCACUGAGUCGAGCGAGCAAGUCCGCAAAGAUCUUGUGAUGCAGGUCCGCAAGUCGAUUGGACCUUUCGCCGCUCCCAAGGCGGUUUAUGUUGUGGAGGACCUUCCCAAGACUCGCAGUGGUAAGAUCAUGCGCCGUAUUCUGCGCAAGAUCUUGAGCGGUGAAGAGGAUAGCCUGGGUGACACCUCGACUCUGUCCGAUCCUUCUGUGGUCGACAAGAUCAUUGGGACUGUCCAUGCUGCUAGAGGCAAAUAA